AUGGACCACCACAGCCAUAUGUCGGUCCACACGGCCCCAACAUCGCCAGACUCAAAGGCAAAUUCGCCGUCCGAAGGAGGGUUCAAGCCAAAGCUCCGAGUCGUAGAGCGCGGAAGCCAAGCAUGCAACGAGUGCCGCCGUCACAAGAUCCGAUGCCAUCCAGCCCUCGAUGACCCCGAUCACCAUAAGGCGUGUGCGCGUUGCGUGCGGAUGCAGCUCGAAUGCGUCUUUAAGAAGCACAAUCGCGGCCGAAAGCGCAAGAACCCCCAUCCAACAGACAGCCCAGCCGAGUCGCCAGCCGCCAAGCACUCACACCACGAACCACGCUCCAGCCACGCGCAUCCGGCUGCGUCCGGAUACUACAACAAUCGGGGCGGCUCGCCGGAACGCACCCUCAUGUCAGGCGUGGGCCGGUACCCCUUCAUGGCGGUCGACCAGCAACUCGACAUGGGUCCUGGCGCUGGUCCAUCGCGUCUGCCCCCUUCUGGGACGGCCGACUCUUCGCUGAAAAGGAUGGUCGACGUGUGGGAAGCCGACGAUGAGGACGACGGAUACUCUGAGACCAGCGCAAUCCGUCACGCGCCUCGCCCAGAGCCUCCUCGCAACCGCGAGUACGUCGAGCGCUCACCUCGCGCCGAGUUUGUGCGUGAGCUUAGACCCACCGGCACUGCCGGUUCAGUAGGCCCCGCCAACGGGCACCGCGGAGCAGAGGAACCGGUGGCAGUCAACUUAAUCACCGUGGAAGAGGGCAGGACAUUCUUCGACCUCUUUGUCAAGCACUUCAACCGAGCCAUGGCUAUCAUCGAUCCUGUGAUUCACACGCAUGACUAUGUGCGUCAGACGUCGCCAUUCCUUUACACCGUGAUCAUGUGCAUCGGCUCCCGCUACCUCGACCAAGUGGGCCAAGAGCCACUGGCCAUCACGCACAACGAUGUUCAUCAGGACAUUGUCGUCAUGGCACAAAACCACCUCAUGUGGGCCUUUGCCGAGGCGCUCUGCAGGGUCGACGUUGUCCAGGCAAUCGUCGCGCUGACCUUGUGGAAGGAGCCCGACGAUGACAAGGCGGCUUUCUAUUUCAACAGGGCUGUUGUCCUCGCCCAGGAGCUGAGACUCAGUGACAACCCACCUCCGCACAUCCUUGACACGAUGACCGACUCGGAGCGCCGGGAAGUUCGUCACCGGCAACGUCUAUGGAUGACGCUGUUCUCCAUCAACUCAAUCUUCCACAUGCAGUUCCGUCAGCCGAUGCUCAUCCCAACAACGGACCCACUCAUCACGACCAACCACUUCUGGCUCAAGCGGGGUUACACUGAGAAUAUUGUCGCAGACACCUGGGUCGUCUUCAGCGUCGACCUCCGCAGGCGUUAUCUCCAGUACCGCGAGCGGCUGACAGACGCGGCCACAAACCCGCUUGUCCUAUCCACCAUCACCAAGACGCUGAAUGAAGAGUGGACUGCCUAUUUGGAAGCAUGGAUCCACGAGAUUCUCCAAGUUGGAGGCCGCCCGUCAAUCGUCCACAAGCCCCGUGUCUGGUACGCCUCGCUUGCGCUCAACCUCAACCUCACGAUUCUCCAUCACACGCUCCGUAUCCCUCCCAGCGAGCGUCUACCUCCCCCUCCCCCUGGGCCUCCCCGGCUUCAGAUGAGGAGCAUCCCGGCGUUUGACUACUGCCUCAACGCUGCGACGACGGUGCUGUUCCGUUUCAACGACCUCGAAAAGGAGCAACUUACCUACGCAUCAGACACGCUCCUCCACUUUGCGCUGUACGCGGCCACGUUCCUGUGGACGCUGUGCCGUAACCCCGAGCUGUAUGAGUUUGACCAGGCCGAGGUCGAGCACACGCGCAACACGAUUCUUAGCGUAGCCGAAGGCCUCGACAGGGCGAGCGCGUACCCAGGCUCUUCGCCCGCCCUGCACGCCCGCUAUCUGCGCCGCCUUGUCCGCACCGGACCUUAUCCGCAGGGUUCGUUUGACGAGGCCGGUGCCGACGCGUCCGCUGCGACCGACCGCGAGGGUCUGAUGCCGCCUUUAGUUCCCUUCGACAGCCAGUACGGCGGUCCGAUCCCUGCUCCAGGCCAAACUCCCGCUACAGCCAUGGGCGAGCUCGACAUCAUUCUCAGCGGCAACUACCCGUGGAGCAUGCCUGUCGGCAUGGACGGCGGGUGGAUUGGGCCUGGCAGUGCGCCGCAGGUCGACCCGGCGCUGUUCGACCAGGGUGGCGGCUCUGUCCCGAUGGCGCAGCAGGAGAGCUCGGCGUAUACCAACGGCUCGCGCCGCCUCGCCUCUCCCCCGCUCCCUCUGCAUGGCGGACAUGCCUGA